AUGGGAAAGAAAGGAGGAGGCAGAGUCCGAGUCAAGCAAGUGGGCCCCAAGGGUCCAAAGGCGAUGGUGAAUCCUAUGGCGGAUCUUAUGACACCGCCAGAAGAUAUGAUCAACUUGCCGCCUCCUCCAGAUCGGUCCUUUCAACUAUUUUGGCCUAUAAGUCAAACCUUUUCCAUGGAUCCCGCUGGUUUCCAAUGCAUUUAUCCCAGUUAUCUAGAUUCUACCAAGACUACCAGCAAAGGCCGCCGGAUUGGAGCGGAAAAGGCGGUCCCAAAUCCCACCGUGUCGGACAUUUCGCAAGUCUUGCAAACCUUGAACAUUCGACAUGUCUUGCAACCAAACAAGGGAUACUCCCGAGACAUUGAAACCUUGUGGGACAAUCCUGGACGGGUCUUGUUUGAACCAACCGACAGUUAUUCCAAACGACAACUCCUCCUUGAAAUUGCCUCCAAAAUUGAAGCCUUGCCGGCCAGAAUACAACGAUUGGAACAAGAAAAGAUUCAGGCUGAGAUCGAACGCAAAAAGGAAGAAGAGGCAGCCUUGCGAGAAAAGCAGGCACAAAAACAACAAAAGCAACUACAGGCACAGCAGUCCACAAAAUCAGGAAAGUCCAACAAGAAGAAGUCAAAGAAGAAGCGAUAG